GACCAAAGGAUCUUUUUUCAUGCUGUACGACUGUAUGAAACUCAAGCUUAAUUGUUCGAAACUCACAUUCAGACAUAUCUAACCUUUAUCAUAAUCUUACAGAAAGAUAGCGACUUUUUCCCUCAGAAUUGCAGACUCUCUAAUUUUACAUCUUCAAAGACAUUUAGCAGGGAAAGCAUGGAUUAUAGAGUGAGUUGAGUAGAUUGGUUCAUUAUUAAUUCUUAACUAAAUUUGAUUUAUUUUACAUUUUUAGACAACAUCAGGUGAAGAUGUGCGUGAUUUCAGCAAGGUGCUGAAAAAUAAGUUCAGAUCAAAGAAACACUUUGCCCAACAUCCUCGCUUGAGUUAUUUACUAGUACAAACAGUUCGAGAAGCUGAGAACCUUGAGAGAAAUGCAAUGUGCAAAUUCAAUUCCUUGGUUUUGGAAGUCCCAUUGAGAACACGAUUCAUUUGCGCCGGCAAAAUGCUCUGACCGAGAAAGAAUUGAAGUACCACGCUGAGUAUUGUUAUCCCGAUAGUUCUUUCGUAUCAGUCCGUGUGUAUUCCUGGGCGAAUGUGCUCGUGUGGUCUCAGGAGUUGCGGAGGUCACGGCUCUGGGACAGCCGUUUCAUCGCCCUAUGCUGCAGAACCUGCCCCGGAAGAGAGAGCCCAGAGAAUUGCCAAAGCUGUCCGCAAACAGUCAAUAGAAGUGAAGGAAAAUUGGGAACAACUGAAAAUCCGUGCGAGCAACUGGCAGAAACAGGUGGAAAAGACGUUGGAGAAACUUCAAGAACUGCAGAAAGUUCUGGAUGAUCUUGAGGCUCAUGUGAUAACAGCUGAGGGGGUCCACACUGAUUGGCAACCUGUGAGUGACCUGCUUAUUGACUCAUUGCAGGAUCACUUUGAUAAAACCACAGGUAAGGACUAUCUUCAAAAUCUGAGAUUGGGUUUUGAAAGACAGCAGCCUUUGUUUUGGAGAGAUAAUGGGAACUGCAGAUGCUGGAGAAUGCGAGAUAACAACGUGUGGAGCUGGAUGAAGACAGCAGGCCAAGCAGCAUCUUAGGAGCACAAAAGCUGACGUUUCGGGCCAAGAACCACCUUCAGAAAAUGGGGAGGGGGUGCGGGUUCUGAAAUAAAUAGGGAGAGAGGGGGAGGCGGGUGGAAGAUGGAUGGAGGAGAAGAUAGGUGGAGAGGAGAGUAUGGGUACGGAGGCAGGGAGGGGAUAGGUCAGUCUGAGGAGGCCGGUCAGGUCAAGGGAGCGGUAUGAGGUGGGAGGGGGGAUGGGUGAGAGGAAGAAUAGGUUAGGGAGGCGGGGACGAGCUGGGCUGGUUUUGGGAUGCAGUGGCCGGACAGGAGAUUUGGAAGCUUGUGAAAUCCACGUUGAUAACAUUGGGCUGCAGGGUUCCCAAGCAGAAUAUGAGUUGCUGUUCCUGCAACCUUCGGGUGGCGUCAUUCUGGCACUGCAGGAGGCCCAGGUUGGACAUGUCCUCUCGGGAAUGGGAGGGGGAGUUGAAAUGGUUAGUGACUGGGAAGUGCAGUUGUUGAUUGCAAACUGAGCGUAGGUGUUCUGAAAAGCGGUCCCCAAGCCUCUGAAUCGUUUCCCCAAUGUAGAGGAAGCCACAACGGGGACAGCGGAUGUUUUGGAUAUUUCUUCAGCUUGAUUUUCAUUCAGAGUUGGUUGGAUUUUGCUGAAGCAAUAGACAUAACUCACUAUGACGUAGACAAUGUCAGAGUUAAUGUUUCGCGUCCUGUGACCCUUCCUCAGAUCUCACUCUUCACUGAUGCUGCCAGACCUGCUGAGCUUUUCCAGCAACUUCUGCUUUUGUUGCUGAUUUACAGUGCCCACAGUUUUUUUGUAUUUUACGACACAGACAAAACUUGAUCUCUGCAGGAAGCAUGAUGCUGCAUUCUCCAACUUCCCUGCCUUUUUGUAAUAUAAUAUUGUCUUUUUAGGACAGAAGUGGCUUUUUUUUUGUUUGUUUAAACUUCCGCACAUACUUUCUAUGCAGGUUAAAAGUCUACACCUUUUCAGUUCUCUGCUGCAUAAUGAAGACUUGGAACAAUUUUUUUUAUAAAGUAGAAAAUCAGUGUGGUUUGUUUUCCAAAAUGUGAUGUGUAAGUGCAACACUUAACAGUGUGUUCAUCAAACUGUUGUUUCCUUUGAUCUUUGUGUUGCAGAAAUUUCUAGAAUCAUUUCAUAUAUUUUUUUUGAUAUAUUUUAGCAGCUUUCCUGGAGCAAGUCUGUUUUCCUUCGGAUGAGACGACUUUCAGACAUACUCCCUUUAUUAUGAGAUUUAAUUACGGUAAAAUCUGGAGGAUUUUUAUUCACUGAGUCACAAAGGACUAUAUGUUUUAAGCAUUGGAAAAUGCAUUCUGUUCUGACUGUCAUGUUAUCUGGUGUUUGUACCAGGCUUUCCGAUUAAAUGCAAGUGAUUAAGGAUGCUAAUGAUGCCACAUGUUAUUACAAGAGGAAAUGAACAUACAAGUAAGGAUUUUAUGCCACAUUUAUGCAUAGCAUGGACCAUGCAGCAUGGAUGCAGUGACUGAGUGAAAUGGGAUGCAGUGACUGAGGGUAAUGGGAUGCAGUGACUGAGUGAAAUGGGAUGCAGUGCCUGAGUGAAAUGGGAUGCAGUGCCUGAGUGAAAUGGGAUGCAGUGCCUGAGUGAAAUGGGAUGCAGUGCCUGAGUGAAAUGGGAUGCAGUGCCUGAGUGAAAUGGGAUGCAGUGCCUGAGGGAAAUGGGAUGCAGUGCCUGAGGGAAAUGGGAUGCAGUGCCUGAGGGAAAUGGGAUGCAGUGACUGAUUGAAAUGCUCACAGCGAAUUGCCCCCUCCAUCCUGACCCGCUCACAGUGACUUGCCCCUGCAGUCCUGACCCGCUCACAGCGACUUGCCCCCUCACUCCUGACCCGCUCACAGUGACUAGACCCUGCAGUCCUGACCUGCUCACAGCGACUUGCCCCCUCACUCCUGACCCGCUCACAGUGACUAGACCCUGCAGUCCUGACCUGCUCACAGCGACUUCUCUCUGCAGACCUGACCCACUCACAGCGAAUUACCCCUGCAGUCCUGACCCGCACGUUGCAACUUGCCCCUCCAGCCCUGACCCCCUCACAACGACUCGCCCCUUCAGUCCUGUCCCAAUCACAAGGACUUGCGCUCUCCGUCCUUACCCACUCAGAGUGACUUGCCCCUGCAGUCCUGACCCCCUCACAGUGACCUGCCCCCUCACUCCUGACCCGCUCGACAUUGAGGAAACCAAGCAGAGGCUUGGGGACCGCUUUGCAGAACACCUCCACUCGGUUCGCAACAAACAACUGCACUUCCCAGUCGCGAACCAUUUUAACUCCCCCUCCCAUUCCUUAGACGACAUGUCCAUCAUGGGCCUCCUGCAGUCCGACAAUAAUGCCACCCGAAGGUUGCAAGAACAGCAACUCAGAAUCCGCUUGGGAACCCUGCAACCCAAUGGUAUCAAUGUGGACUUGACCAGCUUCAAAAUCUCCCCUUCCCCAACUGCAUCCCUCAACCAGCCCAGUUCUUCCCCUUCCCCAACUGCAUCCCAAAACCAGCCCAGUUCUUCCCCUCCCCCUACUGCAUCACAAAACCAGCCCAGCUGUUGCCUUCCCCCGACUGCAUCCCAAAACCAGCCCAGCCUGUCUCCGCCUCCCGAACAUGUUGUUCCUCUCACCCAUCCCUUCCUCCCACCUCAAGCCACACCUCCAUUUCCUACCUACCACCUCAUCCUGCUUCCUUGACCUGUCCGUCUUCCCUGGACUGACCUAUCCCCUCUCUACCUAUCUUGUUUUCUCUCCAUCUUCGGUCCGCAUCCCCCCCUCCCUAUUUAUUCCAGUUCCCUCUCCCAUCCCCCUCUCUGAUGAAGGGUCUAGGCCCGAAAUGUCAGCUUUUGUGCUCCUGAGAUGCUGCUUGGCCUGCUGUGUUCAUCCAGCUCCACAGUUUGUUAUCUUGGAUUCUCCAGCAUCUGCAGUUCCCAUUAUCAGUGGCAUUUUCCUCUUCAUCAAAGUUUGUGCAAAAGCAACACGAUAUGGGGCGGCACGGUGGCUCAGCGGUUAGCACUGCAGCCUCACAGCACUGGGGACCCAGGUUCAAUUCCAGCCUCAGUCUGUGUGGAAUUUGCACCUUGUCCCUGUGUCUGUGUGGGUUUCCUCCAGGUGCUCCGGUCUCCUCCCACAGUCCAAAGAUGUGCACGCUCGGUGGAUUGGCCAUGCUAAAUUGCCCAUAGUGUUCAGGGACGUGGGUCUGGGUGGGACGCUCCAAGGUUUGGUGUGCACUUGUUGGGCCAAAGGGCUUGUUUCCACACUGUAGGGAAUCUAAACAAUCCUGUUCCCACAUCUCCAUGUACCCUGCUGAUCACUGCUCACAGAGAUGUUUGAUAACAAAAGGAUAACAAUAAUAUUCAAACCCAGUGCUGGAGAUGUAUUUUAAAUACACUGAGGCCAGUGUCGAUCUCCAAUUCAACUUUUAUUUACAAAUGAACUGUCUUCAACUUUAGCACUGCCUCAUUCAGAGAUAGUUGCCAGGGUGUCAGCAUCUCUGACCCUCACACUUCUUAUCUGACAGCCAGGGCUCCCUGAUUUGGGCUGUUAAUAUGGAACAAUCAGGCAACUCAUAUUCUGUGAGGUUCAACUGGCCGAACUGGUCACAAACCAAUGCGGUGUGUUCAUCGAAAAUCAAACGUACUAGAAAGAUACCAUUCCAUACCAGUGUAAAGGAAGGCAUGAGGCUAAACUGGGGAGGGAAGGGAACUGCUUAUUGGGGGUGGCCCAGAGAGUGGAAGAAAAUCGAAUGGGAAGAAGACCAUUUGAGACUGAGGGAGAGAGAUGUAAUUGCCUGAAUGAGGCAUUCCAAUUGCGAAAUGGAUUUUUGUGUGUACACCAUGUUCAGUUUCCCCGAUCUUAAUCUGUACUCCUCUUUAAAUCAUUAGUAUCUGAAAUUUCUGUAUCAUUUCCAAAUGUUCUGUCUCUAAUGUUAUGCUGUUGGAAUUGGUUGAACUGCAGAGAUAUUAUUUAUUUGCACAAAUGUGUUCAGAGAAAUGAGUUGCAUGCUAUAUAUGUAUUAUUCUUCUUGAUUCUAUUGUACGCAUACAAAUUAAAGUUAG